CUCUGAUAUAACGGCUCUCUGCCAAAGUUCUCAUCACCAACUGAAGAAGAGACGGUGAUACGUCAUCAGAUGAAGGUGGAUCGCUAGCGAGCAGCUCACCUAUAAAGCCCCGCGCGCCUCCGUCCCGUGAGGAGCUCGUAGAUCGAUGCCGGGACAGCAGCAAGAGAGCGAGCAUCACGGAACCGUUCGCUUUACCGCCUAUUACCGUCCAGGUUCUCCUCCCGGUGUGUGGUGAGGAGAUGUUGUUCUCCGUGUCGCUGUGCUCCUGGCCCUCCCUCUCCUCCUCCGCCGUGCUGCUCCUCCUCCCCCUGCUCCUGCUGGCUGCCAGCCGGCAGCUGUGGAGCCUCCGCUGGAGCUUGACCCGGGACCGGGCCUCCAGCCUCCCGCUGCCCCAGGGCUCCAUGGGCUGGCCCCUGGUGGGGGAGACCUUCAGCUGGCUGCUGCAGGGCCCUGACUUCCAUGUUUCACGUCGCCGUCUUCACGGUAACGUCUUUAAGACCCACCUGCUUGGCCGGCCCCUGGUCCGGGUGACGGGGGCCCACAACCUCCGCAAGAUCCUCCUGGGGGAGCACAGCCUGGUCUGCACCCAGUGGCCCCAGAGCACCCGCAUACUGCUGGGGCCCGGCACCCUGGUCAACGCCAGCGGUGGGGGGCACCGGGGCAAGAGGAAGCUCCUGGCGAAGGCCUUCAGCCGGGGGGCCCUGGACUCCUACCUGCCCCGGCUGCAGGAGGAGGUCCGGGCGGAGGUCUCCAGGUGGUGCCUCCACCCGGGCCCGGUGGAGGUCUACGCCGCCGCCAAGACCCUGACCUUCCGCAUCGCUGCCGGCGUGCUGCUGGGCCUCCGGCUGGACGAGGAGCGCACCGCCCACCUGGCCCGCACCUUCGAGACCCUCAUGGACAACCUGUUCUCCCUGCCGCUGGACACGCCCCUCAGUGGCCUGCGCAAGGGCAUCAGGGCACGGGAGGUGCUUCACCUCCACAUGGAGCAGAUCAUCCAGGAGAAGCUGGCGGGGCGGAGGUCGGAGGAGGUCUUGGACGCCUUCGACUACAUGCUGUCCAGCGCCCAGGACCAGGGCCAGAGCCUCAGCCCCCAGGAGCUAAAGGAGAUGGCUGUAGAGCUGAUCUUCGCAGCCCACUCCACCACGGCAAGUGCCUCCACCUCCCUGAUCCUGCAGCUCCUCCGUCACCCCGCCGUGGUGGAGCAGGCCCGGGCAGAGCUCCAAGCCCAUGGCCUUGGGUCACGUUGCCCCGCCGCCGCCCAGAAACCUGGGACCCAGGACCGCCUAGACCUAGACCGGACUCUAGACCAGACCCCAGACCUAGAGCGGACUCUAGACCAGACCCCAGACCUAGAGCGGACUCCAGACCAGACCCCAGACCGGGACCAGACCCAAGACAAGGACCAGACUCUAGAGCGGACUCCAGACCAGACCCCAGACCGGGACCAGGCCCAAGACAAGGACCAGACUCUAGAGCGGACUCCAGACCAGACCCCAGACCGGGACCAGGCCCAAGACAAGGACCAGACUCUAGAGCGGACUCCAGACCAGACCCCAGACCGGGACCAGACCCAAGAAAAGGACCAGACUCUAGAGCGGACUCCAAACCAGACCCCAGACCGGGACCAGGCUUGGGGCGCGGUGCCGUACCUCACCAUGGAGCGGCUGGGCCGGCUCCAGUACCUGGACUGCGUGGUGAAGGAGGUUCUCCGAAUCCUUCCCCCAGUGUCCGGGGGAUACCGCACCGCCCUGCAGACCUUCGAACUGGACGGUUACCAGAUCCCC